UUACAAGUACAAAAUUAUUUCCGAUUUCAAAGAAAAAAAAAGAAAAACGUUUUGAUAUUUCAGCUUUACAAAAUUUGUCGUGAAAACUUCCCCUCGAUACCCCGCCCCCACAUUUGCCCCGCCACUGCCCCCUGACAGACUGACAGGGACGCAACACGAGACGGCGCCAUGUCUCACCGCGACGCGUUCUGCUCCGUGUACACCAAGGACUACAAGUGGUGGGAGGACGUGGCGCGGCCCUCUCCGGCGAGGGGCAUCAACAUCGCCGAGGACCCCGAGAAGUACGACAAGUUCCUCUCACCGGAAGAACUCAAGCCCGGCAAGUACGCAGAGGACACGAUCCAGCAGCUGCAGCAGCUCUGGAGGCAGUCCGUCUACAAGGUGGACUACUGCGGGGCGUCGUCCCCCAGGGCCGAGGGCGAGGCCUCCGCGGGGCUCUUCGAGGAGGACGCCCUCAUGGACUCGCUGGAGCGCGCGCUGAACCCGGCCGUCCGCAAGCUGCUGCCGCCCCCCGACACGACGCCCGUGGUGUUCGGCUUCUGCCCGGUGCGGCGCUUCCGCGCGGGCCGCUCCUUCUACAUGGACGCGCACUCCCGGUCCGCCUUCGAGCGGCUGCAGCGCCACGUGCAGGCCAAGGGCGGCUCCAGGCUGGAGGCGCCGCCCGUCCACUACCCCGAGCCCGACUACAGCACGCCGCCCUGCAGACAGGGAAGGGCGCCCCCAACUCCAACGUGGAUACACCUGCGGCCAGACCCCUACUCAUGACCUCAUCCCAAGUUUCGGCAAAAUACACGAACUGAAUG